CAGCAAAAUGAACGCAGCAGAAAAGUUAACCGUAGUGGACGUGUAUGAUUUGGCACUGGAAAUUGGGAAAGAGUUCGAAACAAUAAUCGAUGCGAAUGGAGUGAACGCAGUCUCGGGCUUGAUUACGAAAGUGGUCAAUGCGUUGGAGUUGAUGGAGACGCUGACAUGCCAAAAUGAGACCGUAAAUGCUACCCUGCAGGAACUGCAGGAAAAGAUCGCUCAGCUCGAAGCGGAAAAGGAGCAAAAGGCUGCAUCGCGGUCGCGUUACGAAAAGGAACUGGAGGCAAUCGAAGAUCAGUGGCGCACCGAGGCGAAAGAGCUGUUCAAAGUGAUUGAUAAGCUGCAGGAAGAAAAUCGUAAGCUACAGCGAGGAAUUGCACAGUCGGCCAGCGAAAACACCCAUCAAUCGGACGAACAACGUUCACGAAACGGUGCACCGAACGAUGACUUUUCGAACGGUUCCAACAUGUCAGACACGGAGACGAGUGUGCUGAAAAAGUCCGAAUACAAACUGCAACUAUCGCAACUGGAGGAAAAGCUGAAACGCAAAGAGAUGGAACUGUGCGAGAAGAUGGCCGAAAUAGAAAGUUUGUCUAGCCAGAACGAUCGCCUGAAGAAAGUAGUGAGUGAAAGCCGCAGGCGGCAAAAGCUUUCGCACAAUCAAAUCAUUACGCUGUGCGAGGAGCGGGCCGAUUUUCUGGCCCAAAUACAGGACCAACAUCACGAAAUACGGGCACUCCGGAUGAAGCUCGGAUUGGCCGAAAAGGAAAACGAAGAUUUGGCGAAUCGGGUAAACGAGGACGAGCGUCCCCGAUUCUCGACCGUGGAGCUGAAAGAGAUGCUUACCGAUCGAAAUGAACUGAAGGCGCGUGUAAGUGAUCUGGAGCAAGAGUUAAUGACGUGCCAAGCCGUUGGAAUUGGGGCGGAAAACGGUAACGUUAAUGCGAGUGUGCUUGAAAAAGAGCCGAGCAGCAGCAACGAGGGACCGGUGGUUGAUUUUAGCGAACUACCCGUACAAGGCCCAUUGCCGUACGAACCGGAUGAUGCACCGUGGAAAAAGAGCAACGAAAGUGGCAUAAGAAAAUUCUUUCGCAAAUUAUUCAAUGAAACCUCGUCUGAUUGUUCGAGCUUCUCGCAGCGUUCGUUGUCAACGCUCUCGAAAAUGGCACUCUCAUCGGGACCACACAGUGAUAUACCCAUCUAA